GAUUCAAUGAUGAGUGUUGUAAUUAAAAAUUUUCAAAAGUCAACUGUUCUGAACUUGUGGACAGUUCGCAGAGAUCUGUUGUUGCUGCGGAGUAUCAUGGGUUUGCAUUCAUUUAACAUUGGUUUGAUAUUUUUGUCCAGUAGAAAGAUGAAAGAACUAAAUGCAAAAUACAGAUCUAUACAUGAACCAACAGACAUUUUGUCCUUUCCUGUACACAGUCAUAUAAAUGAAAGUACUAAGAGAAAUAUAAGUCAUGAAGAACAUGAUUUAGGAGAUAUAUUUUUGUGUCCACAAGUGAUUAAAAGCAAAUAUGAAGUUGAGGAUCAUAAUAUUAGGAAAAUAUUUGUACCUUUGUUAACACAUGGUUUAUGUCAUCUUUGUGGUUAUUUACAUGACACUGAAGAACAAUACGAGAUGAUGCAUAACAAAGAAAUUGAAAUAUUACAACUUUUUUCUAAAAAGACUGGAAAAGUGUUUUUUCCUGCUUAGUGGUGG